CCAAAUAGUCCCCAAUAAUUUUAUUGUAUCAUCUCCUCUAGAGUCUGGUAGGACUGAAAAAAUGAGAGAGUUGGUGUAGAAAUGGCGAAGUAUUGUAUUGGGUUGUUGUUGCUGACCAUAGUUGUGGCAGAUAUAGGAUUAGGAGCAGCCCAGAAUGAGUGCUCGGAAUCAAGGUACUGCAGGGAAAAUGGCCCGCCUAUCAGAUUCCCUUUCCGACUUAAACAGAGACACCCUGACUACUGUGGCUAUCCUGGCUUCUCUGUAUCCUGCACCUCUUCAAAUGAUACUGCACUUGAACUUUCAAUUGAUUCAAUUCCCAUUAACUUCUUUGUAAGAAACAUAGAUUACAAAUCACAGUCAAUUCAUAUUUAUGACCCAAAUCAUUGCUAUGAAAAGCUGCUUUUAAACAUCUUCUAUCCAUCAAUUCCUCCUUUCCAACUCACCAAUUUGUACCCAUACAACUGUACCCUAUUCAAUUGCUCUUCAUUACUUGAAUUACGAUACGCCUUUCGGAUCUCCUGCCUCGGUGACUCAAAGUAUCAGAUUUAUAUAAUCGAAUCUGCUGAUGAUAUCUAUGACCGGUCCUAUGUGUCUUGUACCAAGAUGUACGACUUACCAGGCUGCCCAGUUAAAAUGUACAACCAAGCGAAUGAUGUUCAAUUAAAAUGGUCCAAACCAAAAUGUGGAGCUUGUGAAACAAAAGGUGACAGAUGUAAAUUCAAGAACAACAACACUCGACAUGAAACUGCAUGUCUACGAAAAGGUGUAUCAAUAAAAGCAGUGGUUGCAGGUGGCACCGUAGGUUCCUCUGUCCUUACACUAGCGAUCAUAGCAUUAAUCUAUCAUGUCUACAGCAAAGAUAAAAAGGAUAGAGAAAACCAAUUGAGGAUUGAAAAAUUUUUGGAGGAUUACAGAGCUUUUAAACCCUCCAGAUAUUCAUAUGCUGAUAUCAAGAAGAUUACGGACCAAUUUAAGGACAAGCUUGGAGAAGGAGCAUAUGGAACAGUAUUCAAAGGGAAGCUUUCAAAUGACAUACUUGUUGCCGUGAAGAUCCUAAACAACUCCAAAGAAAAUGGAGAAGAAUUUGUCAAUGAAGUGAGCACCAUGGGUCGAAUUCACCAUGUCAAUGUGGUUCGCUUGGUUGGAUAUUGUGCUGAUGGGUUUAGAAGAGCUCUUGUUUAUGAGUUCUUACCAAAUGAUUCACUACAGAAGUACAUAGCCUCUGCUGAUCAAGGGAAAAAGUAUUCUCUCAAUUGGGAGACCAUGCUAGAUAUUACACUAGGUAUAGCUAAAGGAAUCGAAUAUCUUCACCAAGGCUGCGAUCAGAGAAUCCUCCAUUUUGAUAUCAAACCUCAUAAUGUUUUACUUGAUCAUAACUUUACACCAAAGAUUUCUGAUUUUGGUCUGGCAAAGUUGUGUUCCAAGGAUCAAAGUUUGGUAUCAAUGACUACAGCAAGGGGGACCUUGGGGUACAUAGCCCCUGAAGUAUUUUCUAGGAACUUCGGAAAAGUGUCUUAUAAGUCCGAUGUUUAUAGUUUCGGAAUGCUGUUGCUUGAAAUGGUUGGGGGAAGAAAAAAUGUAGAUGAGACUACAGAGAAUGCUGACCAGGUUUACUAUCCAGAAUGGAUAUACAAUCUACUGGAAGAUGGAGAUGACCUGAGGAUCCAUAUUGAUGAUAAGGGAGAUGCCAGAAUUGCUAAGAAACUUGCAAUUGUGGGACUCUGGUGCAUCCAAUGGCAUCCUGGAGAUCGUCCUUCCAUGAAAGCUGUGGUUCAGAUGUUGGAAGGAGGAAAUAAAUUAACAAUGCCUCCUAAUCCUUUUGCCUCCACGGGUACAAAAAGGAUGAAUGUGAAUAUGCCUGCAGGAAACAUGAAGCAAGAUUUGGAAAUUAUACCUGAAUAAGCAGUCUGUGUAAUUGAUUAUUCAUUUUGUGUUCUAAUGAAUGUGUAGAAUUUGGUUUUAGUUUGAA